CUUCGCAUCGUCAUCAGCUUCUUGAUAUCUCAUCCUGGACAGUACUCCGUAUGCCCACAUUAACGUUAUGUCGCACCCUCCCCUUACUGCAUAAUCAGCAUGAUAUCUCGACAUACAAGGCCUCUUGACGACCUCUCAUGCCCGAAGAAAGCCCAUCAUUUUCCCCAGCUCGCAAUGUCAAUCUCGCCGAAGAGAUCGAGGUUGCCCCAGAUCAUCUCUGUCCUGUCUGCCAGCUUCUCCUCUACCGUCCGGUAAGGACUAGAUGCAACCAUGUUCUCUGCGAAGCCUGCAUGGCCCAGUGGGCCGACGUGUCUAUUUCUACUCGAAUGACCAUAGUUGGACUCGACGAUCCGCCUCUGGUGCUUCUGCCCAAUGACAUUGAAACUCCAUGUCCAAUGUGCCGGACACCCACGACGGCUUCUUUGGAUGUCCCUCUCGACUCCGCUUUGCAAUUGCAAUAUCCUGCUACCUACAGGGAGCGUGAGACAGAAUCCAUCACCACCGUUGAUGAUUCCUCCACCGCUAUUGAAACCUUGACUGUGUACAUUGGCAACGAACAUUCGCUUAUCCGAGCAGACUCGGAUUCCAACAAUAAACAUCAAUGGAACUUCUUUAUCCGUCCUUCCCGCACUGAUCUCAUCGAAGAAGUUCAGAUAUUUCUGCAUCCUACCUUUCGCAAUCAUCAAAUUAUUGUCCAAAACCCUCCCUAUGAAAUCCGCCGCCUUGGGUGGGGGUUCUUUACCAUCUACGCCAAUGUCGUCCUUCGGCCUGGUUAUAGCUGGGUCAGCAAUCAGGCUGAAGACACCGCCGACGGGGGAAUCAAGGGUAAGCUUCCUCUGGAGUGGACUCUGGAUUUCAACGGACGUGGCAGUCAAGGCCGUCUAAGACUCAAGGUCAUGAAGGAAAAAGACGGCCAAGAAGACGAAGAUCAAGCUCACCGAGAUCAGGUUCGACGACUGUGGGCCCGACAGCGAGAUUUGGAUCCAGAUUGGACCGGCGUCGACCAUGCUUGAUUACAACUGUCAGAGCUGCCGGUCGCAGAAUUUGUUUCGAUGAAGAAUGAAUGAUGAUGCACUAUGUUAUUAUAAAUUCCCAAGUCGAAAGCAUCGAGAAGCAAUACUCUCAGCCUCUAUGUCAAGAAUAUGGACACAAAUUACCACAAUAUCGUUUGCAUGUACACAGGCAACCCUUCCAUGACGCCUGGACCCUUUCCCCAUCGCUAUAUCGCAACAACGACGACUAAAACAAAACCCCUUCUAGCUACUCUCCCAGAAUAUCUGUUCAUACUUUCGGGACAAUCUCGAAUUCUCGGGCUUCUGUCUCAUCUUUAGCGAUAGUCUUGAUCGUCCACGCCCAAAGAUCCUCUUGUUUGGCUUCGUCAUAACUAUCAACACUCGACUUGAUGGGCUUUUCGACCUCGUAGUAAACGCCACUUGUCGACUCCUUUGAGGCUAUAAAGGCUAGGUGAUCAGCCGAUUCCUGAGGUCUCCAAAUGUUGUGGUGAUAUGUGCGUCGAAGGAUUGGGAUUAGUUUGGGGAAAACAUGGUGCCAUAUGAACCUGAGCACACCCCCGGCGUUGCGAGCGAGGCCAGUGCCCGGCAUCAAACCCGGAUCAAAUGCCACCACGGUCCACUUCUUAUCGGGGACUUGCACCAACCGCCUGUGUAGGGCGUAUGUCCACAUCACAUUCGCCAGUUUGCUUUCGGCGUAUCGCUGUCGACCUGGUUUUCGGAGGCUUUCACCUUGAGGAUGUGCAAGGUCUUCGGCACUCUUGUAAGUGCCUAUGGGGAUUCCACUCUUUUGAGCUGGGUCGUGUGUACCGCUGGAAGUGACGACGAUGCGAGCUUGGGUGGCGAGAUACGGAAGGAGAAGGUGCAGAAGCAGGGCGUGGCCCACGUGGUUGACUGCCAAAGUCGCCUCGAUCUUGUCCUCGGUGAAGGUGGCUUCUUCUGGGAAUUGAAUGCCUGCGUUGAGGAGAAGCAGGGAAAUAGGUGCCAGCUGCUUUUCCGCGUACCUGUCCACAAAAUCUCGCACAUUUUUGAGGCUGCCAAGGUCGAGGCUCAUAAACUGCACGUCCUGGUGGCCGCUGGCCUUUCUGAUGGCCGUUGAUGCCGAGUCUGUGUCUUUUCGAGACGCAACAAUGAUGGAUGCAUC